AUUGGGGGCAGCCUUGCCAUUAUAGUGACAGGUCAAAGCCAUCGAUCUUUAUGAUGUUCCGACUUGCCUUCAAAAUGGCGGGUGUCAUGUUCCAAGCUCUGUGAGGCGCUCAUCAAAUUUAGCCGUCACGAAACGACUCAAGACGGCGAUUGUCACACUACGAAGAACUAGGGACAACAAGCAACUACCAUAAAGAUCACCCCACUGACCAAAAACAAUGAGCUGGACUUUUGAUGGGACCUGUAUAUUCUCAUGACCCAUACAUCUAUCCUGGACGCUCUCGACGAUCGCGUAGGCAUACGCGACAAGAAUUUCACGACUUACGGACUUCUUAACGCUCCCCUGGUACAUCGCACUCUCAAUCCUGUCCUCCAUACCGAUAUUGACGACAACUCUGAACCAACAACGCCGGUCUACAUACCAACCAACCCGUCCAUACGUCCAACCAAAAGAGACAUAAUCACGACGCAGCGCCGCCCUACCCUCUCGACCACCCCAACAUCGAUGCCCCAAAUCUCGACUCCUACAACCCAACAUAGGUCCAUUGCUCCCUCUAUCAUCACACGACCGUCCACAAUGCGAACCAUGACUGAUCUUCCUGCGCCGCUACUCCAAGCGCUACGCCUUAUCAUCCGCGCAAACCACAUCCUCCACCGGCACGGCCUCGUCGACGCGUUCGGCCACAUCUCUCUCCGGCACCCUCUAGCACCGGACCAAUACCUGAUCGCAGCCUAUGAUCCUGGUGCGCCUGCCCUUGUGAAGUCGCAAGAAGACUUCGUCUCAUACAGAGUUUGUGAUAGUUCGCCGGUGGACCCGAAUGCGCCGCAAGGCUACUCAGAACGCUUCAUCCAUGGCGAAACCCUGCGACGUUUCCCAGAUAUCAACUGCGUGGUGCACUCACACAGCGAGACAGUGAUCCCAUUCACACUCGCCAGUAUUCCCGUACGACCGGUCUUUCACAUGGCAGGCUUCCUCGGCAGCCCAUCAAACGGUGUCCCUGUGUUCGAUGCACAAGACGCGUACCGCGAACUAGUCGGCAAGGUUGAGAUUACGCCGGACAUGCUGAUCAAGAACCAACUCCUCGGCAAAGCACUAGCAAAGAAACUGCACCCUUCCAGCCCUGUAGUGUUGCAACAUAAGCACGGGUUCACCACGAUGGGAAAGAGUGUUGAGGAGGCUGUAUACCGGGCGCUCUACACUCAGACGAAUUGUGAACUACUGUCCAAAGCGCUGGUUUUUGCUGGAGGUGAUGUGGAGAAGGUCAGCUAUUUGAGCGAAGAAGAGGCGAAGAGCUGUAAGAAAAUGAACGAGAAGUGUGUCGAUAAGAGUUGGCGGUUGUGGCUACGCGAAGUCCAAACAAGUUCGUUCUAUGAGAACGAGGAAGGGGAGCCGGAGGCGCUGGCUAUCAAUGGGAUGAAGGUGUGAAGAAGUAAUAGAUGAUAUUUUGAACGGAAAGCAAAGAUCCAAUCUCGUCCGCGGGUGCGCAUGUAGACGAUCUUUUGACAAGAUGUAUGCUACCUCGAAUUUGACGUCAUGUCUCAUGAAC